UCUCGCCCUUCGCGUCUUAAUACUCCGAUUGACCAUAGCCCACGGGAUUUUCUUGAUAAUUCAAUUAAUUUCAUUAAGCGGAUCACUCUUAUUUUUUUCAUCGCUUACCCCGUUUCCGGCAUUGUCGCUACUUUUUGGAACACGCGUCCGCGGAGAUUUCACUUACGUAUAAUUAAAUUACUGUUAUUACUUAAUCAAAUAAAUAACUCGCUGCUCAGUCGAGUUUAAGGCGUAACUUUUCUGUCGCCGCUAUUCGUACAAGAAUCGAUGCUCCGCGACUGAACUCCCACGAAUUCGGAAUAUGAGAUGGCCAGAAUUGUAGCAAAUGCAAUUAUAUAUUUAUGCUUACUCUGUAGUAUUAUUAAUGCCAAUGAAAACGAUGAUAAUGACAUCCAAGAUGUAGCGCCUAAGACAGUGUACAAAACUCCAGAGGUAUCAGAGUUUGCGUAUUUAGUAGAGACCUUUGACGACGAAGAAAAAUUCAAAGAUACAUGGAUUUUAUCGGAGGCCAAGAAAGAUUCUAUAGAUGAGGAUAUAGCUAAAUACGAUGGAAUCUGGUCUGUAGAGGAAACAAAAAAGCAUGCACAAGAUGGUGAUCUAGGAUUAGUGCUGAAGAGCAAAGCUAGACAUGCUGCUGUGUCUGCCUUAUUAGCCAAACCAUUUUACUUCAGAGAUAAUCCAUUAAUUGUACAGUAUGAAGUAAAUUUUCAAGAAGGUCAAGAAUGUGGAGGAGCAUAUUUAAAGCUGCUUACCUUGGAUCCAGAACAUGGAGAUCUAAAGAAGUUCCAUGACAAAACUCCAUACACUAUAAUGUUUGGACCCGAUAAGUGUGGAAAUAAUCAUCAGCUGCAUUUUAUAUUUCGGCAUAAAAAUCCUCUGAAUGGUUCUAUAGAGGAGAAACAUUGUAAAAAACCAAGAGAACGUUUAGAAGACUAUUUCAAAGAUAAACAGCCUCACCUCUAUACUUUAAUCAUUCGUCCGGACAAUAGUUUUGAGAUAAAAGUGGACAAUAAAGUUGUGAACUCUGGAUCGUUACUGGACGACUUUACUCCGCCCGUUAAUCCACCUUUAGAGAUAGAGGACCCGUCUGACGUUCAACCUGAAGACUGGGAUGAUAGAGAAAAGAUUCCCGAUUUGUCGGCUGUAAAACCAGACGACUGGGACGAAGACGCACCGGCGCAAAUCGUCGACGAGGAUGACAUUAUGCCCGAGGGAUGGCUCGAAGACGAGCCACCUAUGAUACCUAACCCAGACUCGAUCAAACCCGAGGAUUGGGAGGUUGAAAUGGAUGGAGAAUGGGAACCACCUGAUAUACCAAAUCCAAAAUGCGCGGACGUGCCAGGAUGUGGGCCGUACAAACAGAAAAUGAAAAAGAAUCCAAGAUACAAGGGUAAAUGGUCACCGCCCUUGAUCAACAACCCCAAUUACGAAGGAAAAUGGAAGCCUAAGCUCAUACAUAAUCCUAACUAUUUCAACGACGAGCAUCCAUUCCGAAUGAUGCCUAUUUUUGCUGUUGGCUUUGAACUUUGGUCUAUGUCCACGGAUAUAUUCUUUGACAAUAUUCUUAUUACCGACGAUGAAGAGAUAGCAAAAAAAUGGGCCAACGAUACGUUCGAAGUACGUCGUGUUAGAAUUGCGGAAGAAAGCGUAACUUUAUGGGGUCGUAUAUUGAAAGCUACGAAUUAUAAACCAGGCUGGUGGGCGCUGUAUUUCUUGUACUGCGCAAUACCGAUUGUAAUAUAUAUUUGGUACCUACAGAAACGAUUUCGUGAGUGGAGCAUAUGGCGUCAGAUUGGCACAUUUACUGCGGAACAUCCUUGGAUGUGGGCUGUAUAUAUAAUAGCUGCCGGUUUCCCCAUACUGCUAGUAAUAUAUUGUUGCUGCUUUGCUUCUCAGGAAAAAUACGAUUUGAAGGAUGAAGAUAAGCAGCCUUUAGAAGUAAACGAAGAGACAACGUCUCAACAGGAAGAAAAUGAAAACGAGAAUCAAUCAAUUAAUACAGUGAAUGAAACUGAGGCAGUAGACGAAACUGAAGAGUUAAUAGAAAGUGAAGAUAAUGACAAGCCGGCGAUAGGUGGUGAUGGACCACGACGAAGAAAACCAAAUAAAGAAUAGAGUUUAUUGAAAUUUAAACGAAAUGAAUUCGUAUUACUAAGAUAUUUAUGUAAAACUUUCACAUUCCACGUAACACUUGUCAUUGUGUACGUUAGGGUUUUCAGUGUCCAAUACAUGCAAUAUGAUCACUAGGAACCAGUUCUUUACCUAAAACUUAUAUAUAUACUCGGUUCGAACAUUAAAGUUUCAUUAUAUCAUAUUUUGAGACGAAUGAUUUUCACAUUACGCAUGUUUCACGUAUGAAUGAUAAUACUUAAAAACAACAAUUUGUAACGAAUGAUGUUCGAUGUACUAUUUAUGCCUUAAUAAUAUGUAAUGUAGCAGCGUAACUUUUGUUAUUGUAUAUUGAAAGUGAAUAAUAGAACGAAUUUAUUCACGAUUUAUGUAUAAGAUUAAAAAGAAUCAUUCGUUUAGAUGUUCGUGGAUUGUGUUUGCGUGGUAUUUUAACACAGAUUAUGUAUGAAAAUUAUAAUAAUUAAUUUUUGUUUACACAGGACGUUUAUAUUAUUCAAUGUAACGAUCUUUCUUAAAUAAUUCAUUCCUUUGCCAUUACGUUAAUAAAGUGUACAAUGUGAAUGAAA